UCGUCAAUAAUGGCCGCCUGCGUCACAUCACUGCGCAAUCAAGCACGGAAAUAACAGCUGUUCAGUGUUCUACAAUAUUCGUUCGGGCAACUCAGCUACAGCAAGCAGCAGCUGUAUUCGGAUAAAAACGCAGCCGUUUUCCUUGGAAAUUGCGAUUGUUUGGGUAGAAUAGUCGCUUUGUCAUUGUUUUUUGUCGAACGGUAAAGAUUACUUUUCUUUAAGUUUGUCAAGUAAUUAUAACGGUGCUAGUGUGAUUCAUUACAUGCGUGAGAUACUGAUGAUGUUUACCAAAAUUUGCCCGUUGUUAUUGUGACUCGAAUGGUUGAAAUGCCUCGUGAAUACGUGGACGCUGAGGUGAGAAGUGUGUUAUGUCAAUAGAAUCUCAACGCUUAGAUAGCAAUAUUAGUGUUAAAAUUGUUAUAACUAGGACGAAAAGUUAAUAAAAUGUCUAGUAUGGUGCCGACCAGUUCUGCUCUGAGAGCUUUGGCCUUAGAAUACAAAAGCUUACAAGAGGAGCCAGUAGAGGGUUUUAGGGUGAAAUUGUUGGGAGAGGACAAUUUGUUUGAGUGGGAAGUGGCAAUAUUUGGACCACCAGAUACUUUAUAUCAAGGAGGCUAUUUCAAGGCAUAUAUGAAGUUUCCACCAGAUUAUCCAUAUUCACCACCAACAGUACGGUUUUUAACAAAAGUGUGGCAUCCAAAUGUGUAUGAGAAUGGCGACCUCUGUAUAUCAAUUCUUCAUCCACCAGUCGACGAUCCACAAUCUGGCGAGCUGCCGUGCGAGCGCUGGAAUCCCACGCAGUCUGUGCGAACAGUGCUCCUCUCGGUGAUAUCACUCCUGAACGAGCCAAACACCUUUAGCCCAGCUAAUGUUGAUGCUAGUGUGAUGUAUCGCCGUUGGCGUGAUUCGAAAGGGAAAGAUAAGGAGUAUGAGAAUAUUAUAAGAAAGCAAGCACAAGUCGCGCGUAUGGACGCGGAAAAGGAAGGAAUAGUAGUGCCACUUACGUUAGAAGAUUAUUGUAUUAAAACUCGCGUCAAGGCGACGACACAAGAGCCGCAGUUGGACAUGACAGACUUUUAUGAUGAUGAUUACGAUCUUGAUUCGGAUUCGGAAGAGGAAAUCGAAGGUGGUGAAGAUGGAGACGACAGUGGCAACGGAGAGUCGUGAGGCUACCGCGCUAACAGGACAGCUCUGACGUCUGGCAGAUGGAUGUCAAUUAUCAGAUUGACAGCUGUCCUAAGCUACUCGCGUCACAACGAAUGCGAUCUCCGGCGACGCGUACGGGCGAUAUCAUAAUAUAUUACAUGACAUGCCAUUAUUUAAACAGCCUGUAUAAAUAUGUAUCUAGGUUUUACAGGUUUUAGAUGUCAAACGAUUCUUCUCUUUGACGUAUUGUCAUACUGACAAUUGACAGUACUGAAAACACGGUUUUGAAUACGGACGUAAAUCUUAUGAUAUAGAUUAUUGCUAUAAAAUAUAUGAAUUUGAUCGAUGAUUUCGAUAAUAAACCAAAAUUAAAUCGUGAUAAAUUAUGCAAAAAAAGUGUUUGUCCAAAUUUUGUUGUCAUUCGGAGAUAAAAAAUCUAGCUAUAACAAUUUUUUUCAUGAAACAGUCAACACUGUUUUAUCUUGAACUAAUCUAUCAUUGCAUCACAGCAUUCGAGAGAAAGACACUUAUAAUUACUUAAGUAUUAAACAUGAUAUUCAAUAUAAAAUAUAAAAAUUAUUUUUCUAUCAAAUAUGUAUAGUCCGUACCGUUCGCUUAAUGUAUAGAUGAUUUAACACUAAGUAAAUGAUACAUUAAAAAAGCCCAAGCCGGGCAAUUGCUAGACAAUUUUGUAAUUAUUUUUAAUUCGUAACAUAUUUUCUGUGAUUAAUUAUUAAUUGCCUAUUUUAGAUGCCUUUAGUUAUUAUAUAACAUUUUCAUUUGCCAUCAUUUUUCAAUCUUACAUCACAUUUAAGUAGUUCCUGUUAAAAUGAAAUUGUUUUCAGUGUUUUAAAUGUUCUAAUAAAACUGGCAACACUGUUUUAGUAAAUUACUCUAUAUUUUUUUUUUAUAAAAAUAGCUUUGGAGAGUGCAUAGUGCUAUAUUAUUUUAUAUAACACUUGAAAUCUUUAAAUAUAUGUAUAAAUGGCCUGUUAAAAAAUGCAACGGUGUUGCCCUCUUAAGGGGCGACAUUUUAUCCCUAUUUGGGCUUACUAUUAUUACGCUCAAAUCAGAACUGUAAAAUAAAUUAUAAAUAUAGUACAUUCUUAAGAUAUAUUCAAAGCAUAUAUUAUAGUGAUACGUAAAUAAACGAAAUUAUAUAAGUUAUGUAUAGUUUGCAUUAAGAAAACAUCUAUUGUCAUCAUUGUGAAUUUAUAGGGCGUACAUAAAAAUAUUUUGCAAUAAACUUUACCUGAACAAAUUUCAUACAGUGUUUUCUAUUUAAUAAAAAAGUGAUGUGAUUUGCUUAUGUUUUCUAUAGUGUUUAGUAAAUUAGUCGUGGAAUCUAGGAAUAAAAAACAGUAAAUCACAAUUUCACCGUUACAACUUAAAGUACAAGUUAAAAUAAAUUAUCGCUUUACAAUCUGUAUUUUAUGGUUAUAAUGGGACAUGAUGAAUCUCUGGGGUCCUCAUAUAUUAAAAUUCUUAUGAAUUGUGACUUCUAUUCUUCUUAGCGAGUAACAGUUUCCAUGUGCAUUAUGGACCCCAAAUGAUGUGUAACCAAAAUUAUUCAGAGAAUAUCCAAUAACGGUUUAUUUAGUUAAGGUUUAAAUAGUAGAAAUGUUCACAAUGAAGAUGUCAAUAACUUAAUAAUUAGGUUUAUUCAGUAAUAAAGAGCAUGUGUUUUGAAAGUA